UGUUGUGAAUGUGGAUUUUAUUUUCGUUUACGUUUUUAUUUGUUUUCCCGACAAAAAUUAUUGUAAAUACUUUAAACUAACACGUUACCCUCCUUGCAACUCUCUGUAUAAAAUAAAAAUCGUAAAACAUAUACAAAUGUAAUUGGCGAUAUAUUAAAAUAUGUGGCGCGCGUAACGGAUGCAUAUAUACGUUUUCUACAUUCUUUCACCAUAAAUGUAAUCUAACGUUUAUUCCCUAUGUGAUGUUAUUGCAAAUCGGCGCUGGAUAAGCGAGGAAGAUGCCUUUUAAGUUGAAGUUGAAGAAAACUCGGCAAUACAACGUCGCUUCGAAGAGUUUAUUCGUGAUCAGCGUCGAACUUCUAGAUGGAGGUGUGGCGGACUGUACGCUGUCCGUGGACAGCUCUGGACAGGAGUGCUUGGAUAACGUGUGUCAGCGACAGGCGAUAAACCAGCCUGAAUUUUUUGGGCUUCGGUAUGUCAACAGGAAUCAGCAGGCUCGAUGGGUACAGCUAGACAGGCCGCUCAAACGUCAGCUAGAGAAACAUGCGUCCUCCCACCAACUAUACCUACGCGUCAUGUACUAUGUGAUCAAUGGGACCAAUUUAAUCACAGAUGAAGUUACUCGGUACCACUAUUUUUUACAGUUGAAAAAUGAUCUGAUUGAAGGACGUUUGAUCUGCGACUGUCAGCAAGCCGUGAUAUUAGCAUCGUAUAGUAGACAAGCUGAGUAUGGCAAUCAUGAUAGAGAGAGGCAUACAGUGGAGUAUUUAAAGAAUCUGUUAACAUUUCCAAAGCAAAUUGUCGAUGGAGGACAGAUUAUUGACGGCAGCACUCUAGCUGAGACGGGGAGGUUAGAGUGGCUAACAGAAGCUGUAAUUCAACAACAUAUAGCCCUACAUAAUAUGUCCCAAGCUCAAGCCGAAGAGGGGUUCAUCACGACGUGCCAACAGCUACGGGGCUACGGCCAAGAGUUGUACACAGCGAAGGAUCCACUUGGACAGAAGGAGGUCACCGUUGCCAUAUCUUUGACCGGUAUCACUGUGCUGGUCGAUAAUUCUGAUACACCUCAUUUUUACAGGUGGAUGGACAUAACCAACGUGAUCAACCACAAGCGGACGUUCAGCAUCGAGUGCCAGCGGCAGACGGAGAGCGCGACCUUCACCCUCGCCAGCCCCGAGGACGGGAAGUACGUGUGGCGCAUGUGCGUGCUGCAGCACACCUUCUACAUGCAGCACCGCGCCGCGCUCAGCGACCACAAGCCGCCGCGACCCGACCACCGCAUUCAUUUCCAGGAGCACGGUCUGUCAGAGAGCCGCGAGGAGUUGGACGUUCGAGAAGCGGGCAGCGUGUCCCGCCUGGAGCCGCUGACGAACGCACACCGAGCGCACUCCACCUCCUGCCUCGAGCUGGCAGAGAACCAUCCUCAGCCCCACCCCCUGCAGAGGAACAGAGCGCUCUUACCGUCGUACCGGCCGGCUCCAGACUACGAGACGGCCAUUCAACAAAAAUACGCCCAGCAAAGGGCCGAAGCACAGCUCCGAUACCAAAACCACCACGCGCACACGCAGCUAGUCACCGCCACCGCCAAACCGCUCAUAUACGGAUCGCACCCCGACAUACACCGGGUACACUACCCUGACGUCACCAGGCACACCCUCACGCAGGGGGUGGCUGCCACUGACGACUAUGCCUACGGCUUGAAAUUCGUCGGCCCGAACUACCCCUUCGCAGUCAAUCCUAACGUGCAAACGGAUUUAAAUCAAUUACAUUUCGUCAACGUUUACAAACCGCCCCCUCCUUACCCUUCCAACGGCUUGGCUUCCAAUUCCACUCCGGACCUGGCGGCCGCAAGUCAAGCCUUAAAUUACCACCGGGGGUACAUCAACUCCCACGUUUCUGGUUCUAGUCCUGAUCUGGUGUCCACCAGAACGGCGUUAAACAGGCAGUAUUUAGGGUAUCUGAACAACACCCACGUGAACUACGGCAGGGUGCUGCCCGGGGCCCACGGCACUUACAACAACUUGACGUCGGUGCUAGACCCCAAACCCCACAUCAUCAUGGACCCGCACCACAUUUCAGAUAAUAUCCAAAAAGUUUAUGACGAAAGAGGGAACAUCAUGUACUCCAUGCCGAUGCACAGACUGCCCUACCAGAGACAUUUAGUUUUACCUCAGCAGCAAGUCAGCAGCAACGCCCAGGAACCGAUCUACGAAAACGUCCCCCUGCCCUGGCAGAGCGAUGGCCAAGUCGUCCGGGACAGGGCCCAGAGUCUGACCACUACGGACGAGAUAGCGCGUCUUAACGAACGCAACAGCAGACGUCCGACGCUGAACCACGGGAACUUGUCCAAGAACGCCCCCAACGUGCCCAACUACGUACCCGUGAACGUGGACAACCCGGACGGCCACUACGUCAACGCUCAGAUCAUAAGUCGGGUCAAAGAAACGAGCGGCUCUAAAGAAAUCGACACGUUUACAAAAGCCGACGAAUUGGAGAACGUCACAGGGUCGGUGGACCGGCUGUCGCUCCAGCACGACCAGCCCUACGACGAGACGCCCUACCAAAGUCUGUCCACGCACAAGCUGUCCAACAACAACACGAGCAGCAAACCGAACGACAACGUCACCUCGAUAUCCGUGCCCGACGUGCGGCCAGACGACACCGCACUCUCGCACGCCAGUGCUGGCUCCAGUUCCAUCAUGAACUCGACUUACAGCACUGUGGAUACUGAGAAGAACAGCAGCGUCAGCAGCAAGGAGAAGAAGAGGAGGAGAUGGGGAGUGUUCAUGGGCCGGGCGAGCAAGGCCGCGGACGUGAAGAGCGCGACGCUGGGCCGCGACCGCGCCAAGGGGCCGCACCCCGCCAACAAGCACCGCUGGUCCACGGGGCUGCCCAAGUGUCAGCCCUUGCCGCCCAGCAUCACCAAAGAAACUAUGUGCCAAAUCUUAGAACGGAAAAUGUCCGACGAGCAGCUCGCGUUCGCAUACGAACAGAUCCCGAAGGGGCGGGAGGCCGGCGCGGAGUGCGACACGGCCCUCCUGGCGAACAACUACAGUCUCAACUCGCGAGCCGAGACCCUGCCCUACGAGGACAACAGGGUCAAGCUGCAGCCCUCUCCCGGCAACCCGCUGGGCUACGUCAACGCGUCGCACGUGACGAUGACAGUGGGCAGCAGCCAACGUUUCUACGUGGUGGGAGCCCUGAGCCCGGGCUGCGGUCCGGCGCUGUGGGAGGCGGUGUGGCGCGUGGGGGCACGGCUGCUGGUCGUGCUGGACCACCCCGACGCCUGUCUGCCGCCCGAGAACUCCUCCAGGGAGUACGGGAAGCUGGAGGUGUGGUGCGGCCGCUGGUCCCGCACGGCGUGGGGGGGCUCGGCUCGCGUGCGGGUGGGCGCCACGGGCGGGCGGCCCCCCCGGCACCUGUGGCACGUGCACUACCGGGCCUGGACGGCGCAGCACGUGCCCGAGCACCUGCACGACUUCUUAGAUUUCCUGUCAGAGAUCAAAGCCCUCCGUCUGGCGGGGGAGGCGGAGGGCAGUCCGCUGGUGGGCGGCGCCUGCCCCGCGUGGUACUGCUGCGGGGAGGGAGCCGGCCGCAGCGGCACGGCGCUGGCUGCCGACCUGCUCACCGACAUACUGGACCACAACCAGGAGCUGGACAUCCCCCGCACAAUAAGCAUGCUGCACCAGCAGAGAGCGAAUCUCAUACAGAACGUUCAUCAAUACAAGUUCCUCCACCAAGUUCUGCUACAAUAUCUGAAACAUUCUAGACUCAUUUAGAUUUUAGAUGAACGCGACGAACGCUAAAUGGAAGUUCGUUUAUACGCAUGCUCACCGGUGCUCACUUGGGACCUUGUCCGAUUAGUAUGAUAAUGUUUUGUAAAUAUGUGGCCUGAAGUGUGUUCACUAGUACAGUCAAUCUUUCUAAGUCUUUUGGUAUUGUUGAUAGCAUCCGAGUUUAAUGGAAUAUAUUCUUUUCAAACGACAUUAAUGCCACAGUCUGUAUCAACAUAAUGUAAAGAAAAUGGUAACCGUUGAAUGUCAAACUAAAAUGUGUCUGAUGUUUGUUCAAACAACUGCCAUCGUUAAGUGCUCAAUUGAAAAAAUCAUCAUAAUUUUCUUUUGUCAAGAAAUACCACCAUUUGUCUAGUGAUGUAUGUAUAUAGUAGUCGCUAAUAAUUUACAAUAAGUCCCUAACUCAAUUUUUAAUUCUAUUUAAGGCGCAUUUUAUAAUUCAAAUCGUAAAUACAAUAUACUAGUAGUGACGGAUCAGGAAAAUAAGGGAUGCGGAUACUGCAAGAACUUAAAAACCCCUAGGUUAUCUGAUUCAUGAUGAGAUUUCUUUGUUCAAUUAACGUUUGCGUGGCGAACACUUGUGUCACAUCAUAGCGCUAAACAACUCGUGCAAUAAUCAGUGUGAGUUUUUUAACGUUUUCGAUAGCGUUAAAGUUAACUAAUUUGUAUGCAGUUGGAACAGCGCCCCUAGCGGCAAACGUAGGCAAACGCUCCAUACAAAUUUGUGAUAACUUUUACGCUAUCGAGAACGUUAAAUAACUCGCACUAAGCACGGUGAACCAUAGUGAUAGACUGAAGAGACUCGGCGCGCUGUGUAACGAUUCGUAUCUGUAUAAAUGUAGCCUCGUAACAAUUUCUUUUUACUAACUUCAUUGAUAUUCGUCACCUCAAAAUAAAUUAUUUUGUAUUUAUCUCGUUGAAUGAUUAGUAUCCUAGCAGAUGUAAAGGAACAACAUGCGUGAUACCAAUAUAUUAGAUUGUGUUACUAUAUUGUUACAUACAUUCUAUAAAGUAUUGUAAAUCUUUGAAAAUUUUUCUACAUUAAUUUCAACUGUCAACCACAAUAUGCUUAACCCUAAUAAUUAACCGAAGUGAAACUUCUGUGUCGUCGCUGUGGUAUUUCAUAUAUUAAUCAACUUUACUGUUUGGUAUUUUUCGUUAGGCCAUUUUAUUUUUAUUAUAAACAUAUCACACUCUUAGUUCCCUUAGUAGCAAUACGCUUAUAUUAUUUAUAAACAGUGGGCAGUUUCAUGGCCGAAGUUUCACUUCGUUGAGAUAGUAUAUUAUAAUCCACGUGUUUAUUUAUCGUUUUAGUUAUUUUGUUAAAACAUAAGUGAGAUCAUGUGCCUUAUUGAAAUUCGUUCGGGAUCUGAUGAAUCGAGUGCCUUUUAUAAGAUUUUUUAUACGAAAUAUACAAUUUAAGUACACAUUUAUAAUGUUUAGGCUACUACAAUAUUUAUAUGUUAUUUUAAUGAGUUUUGAUGUUUAUAAAUGGUUGAUUGAAUUCAUUGUAUAGGCAUAACAAUUCUUCGUGUACGACAGGCAGGAUCACGAUGGCUCACGGAGCCAAAACCAAGUAAUAGUAAUAAAUAGAUCAUGUUCCAUUACGUAACGACUAGCCACGUGUGACGUCAUGCGUCGUAUUUCUUAUU